UGUCUGGAUUUUGCAACUGAUGAGACGUUUUCUUUCGCCGAUUUUCCAUGUCCGUCAUGUAGGCCGCCCACCCCUUUCUCAUAUUUUACUCGGAUGGUAAACUUUGGAUUUUCUUUUGGGGUGCGUUUUUCUCCAUGAAUAAAUCGGUUACUUCGCGGCGGCAUCCGCGUUUAUGUUUACAUCCUUGCGAUCUGAGAUCACUGCUCAACUAUACUUAAGUGUUAUUUAGUGGAAUAUGGGAAUCUGUCUGGAUACAGAACAAAGUGAUGGUUCCCAAGCAUUCGAAGAAGGCGUAGAAAGUUGGACUCAAAACUCGCCACGGUUCAACCGAAAUGCGGUCACACCCUCUGCUGGAAAGUUCCCGAUGCAUAAUGAUGCACAUGUACAGUUUGAAGCACCGAAGGCACCUGUUAUUUUUGUACUUGGUGGUCCUGGAAGUGGUAAGGUGACACAUUGUGAUACCUUGAUGCAAGAAAAGAAGGAGGUGGUCCAUAUCAAUAUGUCCGAUCUUUUGCAACAAUAUGCUAUAGGAAAUGACAUUCCAGAUUAUGGACAAUUGUCGAGUAGGACCGUAACCGAAGUGCUGAUGGUCGAGAUGAAGAUGGCGCCAAACGCCAAAACCUAUUUAAUCUCUGGAUACCCGAGGAACAUGAGGGAUGUGGUCGAGUAUUCGGAGAAAAUACAAGUGGUAAACGGAGUGAUCUUAAUAUCGUGGCGACAAAAAGUCUUAGAGAGACAAAUUGACUAUGGUGCCAAAUUGGGACAAGUCGUCCUAUCCCUAGCUAAGAUGGAACUUAAUAAUUUUUAUAAAAACGUUAUUCCUGUUGCGCAGUAUUUCGAUCAAAGCAACAUGCUUAUAUCGAUCCACGGGGAACGUCCCCCAGCAGACGUAUAUAAAGACUUUAAGGAGGCCAUAUUUCAGAUUUUGGGCGAUCAAGAUAAUCCUCCGGAGUUUACUAAUGGUGGACCCUUAUCCGUUACUAGUAUCGGUACGGAGCUGCCAACUGUGCAAACCAACCAUCAAACAACCGGUCCCAUAAACUCCCAAAGAGAAACCGUUUCAUCCCCAGACCGACCCAAGACCCAAGUGAUAUCAGUCGGCCACAAUUCAGUUCCUAACUUCAAUUCUCCAGUAAAACCUCUCACUUAUCCUCCGGUUUUGUGGGUUAUCGGAGGUCCUGGAAGUAACAAAGCCGCCUUAUGCUCAUCGGCAGCGAAAGAUAACGGAUGGACCCACAUCAGUCUCGGAAAGCUUUUAAGAGCGCAAGCAGAGUCCAGUCAGCCUCUUUCGAGAAAAGAAAUAACGAAACUGAAAGAGUGUAUCAGUAAUGGUGACCUGGUGCCUUCGGAAACCGUGAUGAAGCACGUGGAUACCAUCAUGGAGAGUAACGCUGAUGCCAAAGGGAUUAUUUUGGACGGGUUUCCGAGGGAUAUGGAUCAGGCUUUGGAGUUUGAAAAUAAGUUUAAGCAAAAGCCGACGAUCAUCCUACUGGACUGCUCCAAGUUGCAGCUGGGCAAGGGUCGUCUGGAUGAUAGCGUGACCGCGUUUAGGAGACGUUUGGAAAUAUUUAGGCAAUCAUCUUUACCGAUGCUGAAGGCCAUGGAUAAUAUUGGAAGGUUAACAAUAGUAGACGGAGACACCGAUUCAGCUCCAGUGCAAGAAGACUUCAAAAACGUCGUAAAAGAACACAUGGAAUAUAUGCUUGCAAACAUUCAACAAACCCAACCGACCGCCCAAUUGGAAAGCAGUCAUCAACAACUUAACGGACACUUACCUACCACCACCAAUGGUCACAUACCAAACGGUCACAUGUCAAAUGGUCAUUUAUCCAAUGGCGAUGCGACUUUACAAGACCUUGAAGCCCCGGCAGUUAUAGACACAAUAAGCAAAAGGGUUGGCAACGGGGUGUCCAACGGAAUAUCCCAUAUGGCCAACGGAAAAGUGGCCAACCAUAUGGUCAAUGGCAUAACGAAUCUGGCCAAAGGAGUUGCGCAGAUGAGUAACGGACAUGCAAGGCCGCCCAUGUUGGCCGCGGCAAGUCGAGUGCCGGUUUUCAGUAGUUUAGAAAAUGGCGGACAUAGUGAGGUUAGGUAUAUGGACAGUCAUAUUUAAGGAAAAGUGAGGUUAGGUUAAGAUUUUUGAUGCGAAUAUAAAUAUAUGAAUGUUGGCUGUGAUGUUGGUUUACGUGCUGUUCGCGUGAUAGUCAGAAUAUUUUUUACAAUUUAAGUAUAUAAGUAAAUUAGACCUGUGAGUAGGUUAUGGUUUUGUUGGAUAUUUAGGAAAAUUUUUAUUUGUUUUAAUAGGUACCCAUGUAGAGUUUAUAGGGUGGUUUAAUGACAAAAUCGCGAAAAUAUUGAUGAGUUAACUUUUGACCCUAUUUUAGAAUUUUGAGUGUGGCCUAUAACCACAUCUAAAAGUACUACUACUAACUAUCUUUAGACAGUACGAAUAAUAGUUCGUAUGUUUAAAAUAACAGAUGGGUGCCAUGUUGGAAAAAAUGUUUGCUUCAUUUCUAUGUGGUUAUUGUUAAACUUAAAAUGGCGGACGGGUUGUCUGAUAGCUGUCAUUUUUACCUGUCAAGUUUACUGUCAGACGCCAUAAACAACUCCCAUUAAAAAAAACACGUUGUUUGUAAUAGAAGAUAAUUAAAACGGUAGUUAUAGGCCAACGAACUCAAAACAAUUUUUGUAGUUUUGAUAUGCUAGGACGUCACCUGCAAAAACUUGAAUAAAAAAUGUGGUAUUAAUGAAAUGUGAAUGAAAUUUCAUAAGAAUGUUAAAGCAAGUCACAGUAUUAAUUUAAGGCUAAAAUUAUGUAAAUCGGAGCAUUAAAACGUGAGUUAUAGGCCAGCGAUCCAAGACAAUUUUUCUAGUUUUGCUGUACUGGGACGUCACCUGCAAAGACUUGAAUAAAAAAAUCUGUUAUUAAUGGGAUUUCAAUAAAAUUGUACAAAAUUAUUAAAAAAAGUCUGCAUAUUAUUAUAAAAUCCAAA